AGUGCCCAGCCUGAACCACUGAACCCCACACCCAAUUGCCCAAAGUAACCUCCAAAAUUCUUCCAUAAAAAAAAAAAAAAACUCCAAAAUUCGAAAUCACUCCGCGAAGCGUCGCCGCAACGCCACCUUCGCCGGCUGUCCCUCUCUGCUCCGGUUCCAGGCUCCAGCCAUUCCUCCCACUCCUUCGGUCUCGCAUUCAAAUUUAGAUACGAUCACGACGGAGCUUGUGUUGUGAUACUGGCUUUCAAUUUUUGUUACGUUACCUCAACUGGUAUACUACGUGCUCAAUGGUGUCUUCUGUGUGAAUGUUUUCGCUUAUAUGCUGUCUCAGCCGUCUACAUCGGGCAGUUUUAUAAUACAGUAAAGGAAACAUUUAUAAAGGACAAUGGGUUCUAUUCCGCAAAGACCUUUAUUUUGUCUCAAGCUACCAUGGGAUGUGAACCAAAAUUCUAAAAGUCCCAGUGACUGCAGUUUUGAGGCUCCCUGGCUAUUUAGAUCUUUGCAAAGUGUUGGAUCCAUGGCCUUUAAGUUCAUCAACUCAAUUUCAAAAUCAUCAGAUCCGUUGACAAAUAGCUUCAAACCCUUUCAAUUUAAUGCUGGAACUGGUGCCAGCCAAAGUAAGACUUUAAAGUCAAAACUAAACUUGAAUCCUGAAGAGCAAGGAGAGGCGGAGCACAGAGCAUUUGCAUCAGCACUAGCGAGUUGUAAAGAAGCGACAGUAAUCGAGUUCUACUCCCCCAAGUGCAGGUUGUGUAAUUCCCUGGUGAAUUUUGUUAUGGAGAUUGAGGGUAGGAAUUCAGACUGGAUGAACAUUGUGAUGGCAGACGCAGAGAACGAUAAAUGGCUUCCCGAGCUCCUCCAUUAUGACAUUAGAUAUGUGCCUUGCUUUGUACUGCUUGACAAGAAAGGGAGGGCACUAGCAAAGACAGGCGUUCCGAGCAGUCGGCUACAUGUAAUAGCAGGUGUCUCUCAUCUCCUCAAAAUGAAACGUCCUCAAUGAAGUAGUAGAUAGGUUUGUUAUAAUAGCUACUGUAAAACUAUUCUCAUACAUCCGUGUUCAACAUGUCUGUUAGAUCACCAUUCAGUAUUAUAUUCAUUUAAUUUGUAUGAACCAGAGUGUUCUCAUCAUAGCAUGGAUCGUGUUGUUUUGCUGCAUUUAACUGUUUUAGCAUACAAUUUCUUGAGUGUAUAUGAUGGUUCCGCCCUAAAUUUUACAUGGCAGAGGUAACACAAAAUUCUUAGCACCUAUAGAUAUUCGACUGUUAA